AUCGAUUUCCCCAACCUACUGAAACCGCAACCCGGACCACAACAGCCGUCCUCCUCUAGUAUUGAACCGGCAGCUCCAUCCUCCCAACCAGAACGUAGUUGGGACAAUGAAACCGGAGAGGCCGAAGGCGAAGAUCAAGAAGGCACAGGUGAUACGUUACCCACGGAGGCAUACAUAGCUGCCGAGAAAAAUGUCCGGUACGCUCUGAGUGCAUUACAGCAUAUGGACCGUAAUACGGCUAUAGACAACCUGUUAAAAGCUCUGAAGACCCUUCGAAGUUAA